GUACUCCUCAAGAUGUUGGAGGAACUCCUCAAGAUGUUGGAGGAACUCCUCAAGAUGUUGGAGGAACUCCUCAAGAUGUUGGAGGAACUCCUCAAGAUGUUGGAGGAACUCCUCAAGAUGUUGGAGGAACUCCUCAAGAUGUUGGAGGAACUCCUCAAGAUGUUGGAGGAACUCCUCAAGAUGUUGGAGGAACUCUUCAAGAUGUUGGAGGAACUCCUCAAGAUGAAGGAGGAACUCCUCAAGAUGUUGGAGGAACUCCUCAAGAUGUUGGAGGAACUCCUCAAGAUGUUGGAGGAACUCCUCAAGAUGUUGGAGGAACUCCUCAAGAUGUUGGAGGAACUCCUCAAGAUGUUGGAGGAACUCCUCAAGAUGUUGGAGGAACUCUUCAAGAUGUUGGAGGAACUCCUCAAGAUGUUGGAGGAACUCCUCAAGAUGUUGGAGGAACUCCUCAAGAUGUUGGAGGAACUCCUCAAGAUGUUGGAGGAACUCCUCAAGAUGUUGGAGGAACUCCUCAAGAUGUUGGAGGAACUCUUCAAGAUGUUGGAGGAACUCCUCAAGAUGUUGGAGGAACUCCUCAAGAUGAAGGAGGAACUCCUCAAGAUGUUGGAGGAACUCCUCAAGAUGUUGGAGGAACUCCUCAAGAUGAAGGAGGAACUCCUCAAGAUGUUGGAGGAACUCCUCAAGAUGUUGGAGGAACUCCUCAAGAUGUUGGAGGAACUCCUCUCCUCAAGAUGUUGGAGGAACUCCUCAAGAUGUUGGAGGAACUCCUCAAGAUGUUGGAGGAACUCCUCAAGAUGUUGGAGGAACUCCUCAAGAUGUUGGAGGAACUCCUCAAGAUGUUGGAGGAACUCCUCAAGAUGUUGGAGGAACUCCUCAAGAUGUUGGAGGAACUCCUCAAGAUGUUGGAGGAACUCCUCAAGAUGUUGGAGGAACUCCUCAAGAUGUUGGAGGAACUCCUCAAGAUGUUGGAGGAACUCCUCAAGAUGUUGGAGGAACUCCUCAAGAUGUUGGAGGAACUCCUCAAGAUGUUGGAGGAACUCCUCAAGAUGUUGGAGGAACUCCUCAAGAUGUUGGAGGAACUCCUCAAGAUGUUGGAGGAACUCCUCAAGAUGUAG